AUGACUCCAAAAGAAAAGGCCUAUAUAUACACAUCCAACAACAUACACACAGCUUAUGCCAAACCCAAACCAGGUUCUACCUUCUAAGGGGUAAAAGAGGAAAACGCAAUGGACUUUUACUUACUCAUAUUACAAUAGUUUUUAGAUUUGAUUUUGCUUCGGUUUGCUAUUAACGUCGCUAAAUAUUAUGGCGAAGGGUCGCAAAUUCAGCACGAACCGAAGCGAACGUUUAUUGGGAACAAACUAUACACAAGGCUCCACUGUGAAUCAUGAAGUAACUGAUUUCAGGGAAGAGGAUGUGUGGUCCAUGGUGGAAGAUCGUGAACGCGACGUGAAUUUGUCUUCCGGCGAGUGGGAUUCACGCGCACCUUCCUGGCGUCGGAACAGGGAGCAGGACCACCGUAACCUUGGCGGUUUGUCUUUGGCGUUCGAUAAUUCAACGAGGAUCGUCCAUCGUGCGUCACAGAGGGCGGAGCAUAAUAUGGCUACGUCAGCGCCGGUGAACGUGCCUGAUUGGAGUAAGAUACUCCGAGUUGACUCGGUGGGAUCGUUGCAUGAUUUGGAUGACGGUUUUGAUGUUAAUGACUCGGAGAUGGUUCCGCCGCACGAGUAUUUGGCGCGUGGCCGGAAAAUGGCGGCAAAUUCGGUUUUCGAAGGGGUGGGUCGGACUUUAAAGGGCCGUGACUUGAGGCGGGUACGCGAUGCUGUUUGGAACCAAACCGGGUUCGACGGCUGAGUUGGACCGGACCGGUGUUUUAUAUAAUUCAAAUUCAUCCGUAUUAAUUGUUGUUGCUAUUAAUCAUUUAAGUGUCAAUCAGAUUUAAGAGUGGUGGUCAGUAAAAAAUUUUGAGAAAAAAAAUAAAAAAAACAAGUUUGAUUUAUUUGGGUUGUUAAAAUUGGAUGGGUGGGUUUUUUGGGGCUAUGAUUGGGUUGGGAGGACUCGUGUUAUGAGAGUCCAACUCCGUGGCCAGUGAGCCUAAUUAAUUAAUCAUAUAUAUUUGAAUAUGAAUAAUGUAAUCCCGUUUUUGGACAAAUAUGUAUCCCUGUAACUGCAUAAGGAAGGGAUUAUAUAAUAAUUAUUUAAACUAAAAUUUGAUAAGUUUGUACGGGAAAGACAAAGUAUUUUAGUAAUAUUUUGAUAAUCUGUUCUAAUAGUAGCAUUAAUUUUUACAAGAUUUAACGUUAUAUUAUAUA